UGUUUACAAAAAUACUGAAGAGGACCGAGCCUGGAAAAAUGAUCUAAUCAAAAAUACGCUUAAAAAGUAGAGAUUUGAUCAAAUAAAAUAUCAGACGGGCUUUAUUAUAUUACUUUGAUAGUUACCAGACUGAACCCUGAGCUGGUUUAUGGUUGUUAAAGCGCUGGGCUGAAGCGCUGCUGCUCCUGGGAUUAGCUGCUCUUCUCUCUCUCUCUCACUCGCUUAAACUGAACAUUUACUGAAGGGGUUCUUCUCUCUCCAGGAUGAACUGCCGCUCGGAGGUGCUGGAGGUUUCUCUGGAGGGGCGGCAGGUGGACGAGGCCUUGCUGUCUUUGCUCCACACCAUCCUGCUGCACCGCAGCACGGGCAAGUUCCACUAUAAGAAAGAGGGAACCUACUCUAUCGGUACAGUCGGCACUCAGGACACGGACUGCGACUUCAUCGACUUCACUUUCGUCCGAGUGUCUUCAGAUGAGCUAGACCGGGUCAUCAGGAAGGCCGUGACCGAGUUUAAGGAUGCCCUUGGUAACUCUGGAAGCGAUGGCAUGGGCCAGAUCUCACUGGAGUUCUACCAGAAGAAGAAGUCCCGCUGGCCAUUUUCUGACGAGUGUAUCCCCUGGGAGGUGUGGACCAUAAAGGUCAACGUGGUGAACCUGGCCAACGAGCAGGAACGACAGAUCUGCCGGGAGAAAGUGGGCGAGAAGCUGGGUGAGAAAGUUAUCAACAUUGUGGAGGUCAUCAACCGACACGAGUAUCUGCCAAAGAUGCCCACCCAGUCCGAGGUCGACAAUGUUUUUGACACAAGUCUGAAGGACGUCCAGCCUUACUUAUACAAAAUCACCUACCAGAUCACAGAUUCCCUCGGAACAUCCGUGAGCACCACGAUGAGACGGCUGAUCAAAGACACUUUAGCUUUGUGAGAGAUGUUUAUAUUUAUUGUAUAUGCUUGGAAAUGGCUUAGAGAAACUGUGAUUUGUGUCUUAAGCUUUCUUCUUUAGUUUUGCACAGGAAUCUAAUGUAGCUAAAAUAAAAUAAAGUCUGUGCCACUAGACUUCUAUUGCACGUAAGUUACAUUGGCCUUGUAGGUCCUUGCAGCUGAUUGACUCAACCGGGGUAAUUGUGUAUAUUUUUUUUUUCUCCAAAACCUUCCUUUAAAUUGAGUGAAUAAUCAGGUCCCACCAGUCAAAUAUUUUAUUUGUUAUGAGUAUAAAUUGUCACUUUCAUCUUUCAUCCUCUUCACAUAUGUAAUACUAAUGGAUAAAUCUUUGAGUUUAACAGACACUGCUUACUAAGUUUGAAAGGGCUGCACAAUAUAGGACAAUACUGUAAUUCCUUUUUUCUGUAACAUCAUUCUGUGUGGGGUUUUUUUUUUGUUUUCAGGAAAAACACUUCAGUAAUUGACAUUGUGUUGCUAUGCCUUGCAUAUCUAAUGACACCUAUAAUGUAAUGUAGUAAAUAUGGUACUGCAUCAUUUUGACUUUAUUUGACUUGGUUGAUUACAUAUGUAAGUUGAUACUUAAACACAAACUAAAACCUAUCAGGUCCUGUGAUUGGUCAGGAAGCUUAGGACACAUAAUACACAAACUGUUUGGAGUUUGUGCAGUAUUUCAAAGGCCAAAAUCACAUUACCGAUUCACAUAUAGUAUAUUAUGCAGCUCUUUUUAUUAGAAUAGUUAGACAGAAGCAUUAAGAUUGAUGCUAAGAUAGCUCUGUCUGGUUGUGUUGUUUUUUUCUGUGCUUGUAAAUUCAGCUGCACCUGUUGUUGACUCAAGUUCAGACACAGCUUGUAUGCUCUCCAUAGAAAGGCACUGACCAAGAGGACGGGACUGUCUGGAGCAGCUGUGAGUACAUGCCCAUAAGGUUGUCACAUGUUAAAGGCCAGUGUUGGCUAGAUAGAAAGCCCCCCCCCCCCCUUAACUCAUUAAUGCAGUUAGAUCCUCCUUAACCUUCCCAGAGCAAGUGGGGAUGGUGUCACCGUUUGUACAUUUGAUCUCAGAAGAAGUGAUAAAGGAGCAGGGCUCUCAAUACUUUUGGCCAUAUAGUGCAAAGAAAUCAAACUGUAUUUUGACAGGGGCUUUGAAGGAACAGUUCAGUGAAAGAUUGCAAUGAUCAUUGACUAGAUGCAAUUGAUCAGCCAAGACAUCUGGCAUGGUCUUCCUUAGUUAAAUAUGGAGGAUGCUAGGCUAACAUUGCUAACAUAAACAAUGGAUGUGCAUGCUCACCAGCCUUUUUUGUAUAAAGGAAGCCACACCAACAUGUUCACUUUGCAUCCGUUUGCCAAACACGUUUAUAAUGUUGUUAGCAACUUCAGCCUAGCAUCUCUUCUUGAAAACCUAAAACACACAUAUCAGAUACUAAACACGUCUUGGCUGAUCGGCUGUAUCUGAGGUCAGUGAUCAAUGUUCAUGUUCUUCUGUUUUUUUUUUUUUCCCUUACCUGCUAGUGGCAGAACAUGUUAAUUAUUAACAGAUAAGUUAAAGGCAAAGCAUGUGUCCGUCUCUCAAAAUUAAUGGUCAGUGUGUUUUGAUGUGUGAUUCUUUUUGGGAAAUAAAACAGACUCAUCUUUAAACCUUC